AUGAUGGAAGAACCGUCAUCAUUUAGAGAUGUUAUUGUUGAAAGGUUACAACAACGAAACAGAAGUCAAUCACAAAUAAACAACUAUGUCACUACUUAUAAAAAUUUAGUAGAAGAGUAUAAAAAUUUAUCCAUAAGAUUGGCAAGACAACAAAUUCAUGGACAAUGGUCUUCAAGUCCAUCGACUACUAAUCAUUUAUCAUCAGAUGUUUCUAAUGAAUUACUAGAAGAAAAAAGGAAAGUUAAGAUAUAUGAACAGGAAAUUGAUAAAUUAAAAAAUGAUAACAAUAUAUUAUCUGAUACAGUAAAGAAAAAAGACACAGAAAUAAAUCGGUUAAAACAAGAGUUGAAAGAAGAAAUCGAUGCCAAAGGUCUUCUCCAUGAUGAUUACUUAGAAUUAAAUCUUCGUGCAAAUAUUUUAAAUGAAAAAUUAACUGAAAUGACUAAAGAUUAUUCAAAUAUUCUUGAUCAAUAUAAUAAAUUAAAAAUAAGAGAAGUUGAAUGGUAUAAUGUUGAAGUUGAAAGGGAAAAUCAAAGGCAACGUGAAAAAAUGCUACAAGAAGCUUUAGGUAAAAAUAUUGCCAAUAGAGAUGAUAACACUAGUAACAAAGAAGGUCCAUUGAUUAACAGUGGUGAUUCUAUUUCCAGCUACGAGUAUAUUGGUGAUGAUCAAUAUAAGCUUCCAGCUUUAGGAAUGUUAUCCGGAUAUGAUUUACUUAUGAAUAAGUGUGUUGAAAAACAAAAAGUUAGUGAAUCUGAUGAUGUCACAGAUAUUAUUUGGUCUAAAGACGGGGAUUUUUUAUAUACAUCUAGUAGUGAUAAAAUUUUAAGAAGAUUUAAAUAUGAUAAUGAAAAAAUAACAAAAAUUAAUACAUAUAGAAAAGCCAAAAAGGGCCUAAAUAGAUUAGAUAUAUGUGAAGAUAAAGGUCUUAUAUUAGGUGCUUCUAAUGAUACUUGUACAUAUAUAUGGAAUAUAUCUAAUGAAACAGUUAGAUACACCUUUACGGGCCAUACUGAUGCUGUAAUGUCUGCUAAGUUUUUUGAUUUAAAUAAAAAAGUUGCUUCUGGUGGUAGAGAUAGAGUAAUUAAAAUUUGGGAUCUUAGUAAACAACAAAUAAUAAGAAAUUACCUUCCUGGUACAACUAUUUUAGAUAUUUUAGAUGCAACUGAAAUGGCUAGUUGUUUUUUAUCAGGACAUGUUAGAAAAGAAGUUCAUCUAUGGGAUGAAAGAUCACCUAGUUCUGAAUCACAAAAUUUUAUAACAUUUGAGGAUAAAGUAACAUCACUUCAUGAAGUUCCCGGUACAAUGCAAGUUUUAUGUUCUAUAGCCGAUGAGACUUUGUCCUUAAUUGAUAUUAGAAAUAUGAUGGAACUUCAUAGUUAUAGUGCAGAACAAUUUAGAAUAUCAUCUGAUCAUAGUAAAUGUACUGUCAGUCCUAAUGGUAGAUACAUAGCUACAGGUUCAGCUAAUGGUCUUGUUUUCAUAUGGAAUAUUCAAUCAACUAAAUUAGAAAAAAUUCUUCCAGUAAAGGAUGCUCAUGAAGGAGCUGUUGUUAGUAUUGCAUGGCAUCCUUUGGGUAAUUAUUUAGCUACAGGUGACAAAAAGCAAACAGUAUGUAUAUGGGGUAGUGGUUGUUGA